GCUCUCAACUGCCAUUUUGUGGCAGAAGCUAUUCUACUAAAGCGGGAGAGGGAUUAAAACAAACUGAGAAGAAGCCAGCAGUUUUACCCGCCGAUCAAACUUUGUAGCUCACACUUUGUGCUUUCAUUCGAGAUUACCAGGAGGAGAAACGCACUAAAAGAGUUCCUACCCAGCAUGGAUGGAGGGUCAGCAGAAGGUGUGGUGGAUGUCCCUGCCAAAGACUUCCCGUCCAUCCAGGCCGUCCAUAGCCAGGACGCCAUCGUGGCUGAUCUUCUCCAGCAGGCUGCAGAGGCCGGGGGGGUAGUUCAGGGACAGACUGGAGUCAUUCUGGAUCAAGGUCACGGAGAAGGACUAGUGUCAGCUGGUCAGUCUCAGCAGCAGCUGAUGGAAGGAGGAGCUGGAGUGGAAAUGAUGGUUAUGGACUCUCUGGAUCCCACCCUGUUACAGAUGAAAACCGAGGUGAUAGAUGCUGCUGUUGGGGGGUCUGCUGCUGCAGCAGGUGUGGUAGGAGGUGCUGCUCACCAGGCUACCGUAACAACAGUGGACCAAACUCAGAUCAUCACCCUACAGGUGGUGAACAUGGAGGAGCAGGCAGCUUUGGGCCUGGGGGAGCUCCAGCUGGUCCAGGUUCCUGUUUCUGCCACCACGGUGGAGGCCCUGCAGCAAGGCACCUUCGUGGACACCACAGCAAUGCCGAAGGAUGGCGACCCUGUGAUCUGCCACACUCUGCCUCUACCUGAGGGCUUUCAGGUGGUGAAGGUUGGUGCCAAUGGGGAAGUAGAGACUGUGGAGCAGGAGGAGGGAGCUGAAGUUCAUCCUGAAGAGGAUGAGGAAGAGGAGGAGGUGGGGAACCAGCUGCUGGAAGGAGAUGAUGAGCCUGUUCAGCCUCAGAAUGAUGAUCCAAACUGGGCCAAAGACCCUGACUAUCAGCCUCCAUCUGGAGGUGUGAAGAAGACCAAAAAGGGUAAAAAGAGUCGUCUGCGUUACGCUGAAGGCGAUAAAGACAUGGACGUUAGCGUUUACGACUUUGAAGAAGAACAGCAGGAAGGUCUUCUGUCUGAAGUCAAUGCCGAGAAGGUCGUCGGCAACAUGAAACCACCCAAACCAACUAAGAUCAAAAAGAAAGGAGUGAAGAAGACAUUUCAGUGUGAGUUGUGCAGCUAUACCUGUCCUCGACGCUCCAACCUGGACAGGCACAUGAAGAGCCACACUGAUGAGAGGCCACACAAAUGUCACCUGUGUGGAAGAGCCUUCAGGACGGUCACCCUGCUGAGAAACCACCUGAACACACACACAGGAACUCGACCUCACAAGUGCACAGACUGCGACAUGGCUUUUGUGACCAGCGGAGAGCUCGUUCGUCAUCGUCGCUACAAACACACACACGAGAAACCCUUCAAAUGCUCCAUGUGUGACUACGCCAGUGUGGAGGUGAGCAAACUGAAGCGGCACAUUCGUUCUCACACUGGGGAGCGUCCGUUCCAGUGCAGCCUCUGCAGCUACGCCAGCAGAGACACUUACAAGCUGAAGAGACACAUGAGGACACAUUCAGGAGAGAAACCGUACGAGUGCUACAUCUGCCACGCCCGCUUCACCCAGAGUGGAACCAUGAAGAUGCACAUUCUGCAGAAACACACGGAGAAUGUGGCCAAAUUCCACUGUCCACACUGUGAUACGGUCAUCGCACGCAAGAGUGACCUGGGCGUCCAUCUUCGUAAGCAGCACUCGUUUAUCGAGACUGGAAAGAAGUGUCGUUACUGCGACGCUGUUUUCCACGAGCGCUACGCUCUGAUCCAGCAUCAGAAGUCCCACAAGAACGAGAAGAGAUUCAAGUGUGAUAUGUGUGACUACUGCUGCCGCCAGGAACGCCACAUGGUGAUGCACCGUCGGACCCACACCGGAGAGAAGCCGUACGCCUGCAGCCAGUGUGAGAAGACCUUCAGACAGAAGCAGCUCCUGGACAUGCACUUCAAACGCUACCAUGACCCAAACUUUGUUCCCACCGCAUUUGUUUGUCCCAAAUGUAGCAAGACCUUCACUCGCAGGAAUACCAUGGCUCGCCACGCUGAGAACUGUAAUGGAGAGGUGGACGACACUGAGAACGGGGCUCCUACCCCAAAGAAAGGGAGGAGAGGAAGAAAGAGGAAGAUGAGGAGCAGGAGAGAUGAGGAUGACAGUGAGGAAGAUCACCUCGAACAGGACGAGGAUGAGGAUGAGGGCGAUGUGGAGGAAGAAGCUUCACUGCUACAGGAAGAGGAGGAACCAGAAAGCAUGGAACUUGACCAAGCCCCUGCUGCCAUCCCGGUUCCAGCCCCUGAUGAGCCACCUGUCAAGAGGAAACGAGGCCGACCCCCAAAGAACCCCCCUAAACCUCCAACUCCCAGCAAGUCUGUUGUAGCGCCUGCUAGGAUGUCGACUUCUGCUGCUGCCAUCAUUCAGGUAGAGGAUGAGAGCACCGGAGCGGUGGAGAACAUCAUCGUGAAGAAGGAGGAAGGCGACGCGUCCGGCGCGGCCCUGACAGUGGAGGGGGUGGGGCUAGAGGCGGAGACUGUUGAGCUGGCGGUGAAUGAGGCGGCUGCAGUGGCGGCUAAUGGAGACCUGACACCAGAGAUGAUCCUGAGCAUGAUGGACCGGUGAACGGUGCUGCAUGCUAACACUUCAGACAUUUUCUUCACCUGUUUACUGAUGUCUGCACACACACCAAAACACACACGUACAUUUCAGCUCAGACUGCUGCUCCUCGCUAAUCUGCUUUUUUAUUAAUCUGACUGUAAUUUUUACUUCUUGUCUGCACACGCUAACACAUCUGCUGUUUGUCUGAUGGAAGAAUGAAAUCUGAUUGGUGGGAUUUAGUUCUGUAGUUUAGGUUUGGAUCAUUCCAGUUGUGUACGUUUAUAUGAAAUCAUGACCGUAGGUUAAUCAUCUCACCUGAAGACAGCUGAUGGUCCCACCUGUCUCUCAUUUAUAAGAUGGUUUCAUGUAACCAUGUUUGUCCUGUCAGUGAUGAUUUUAAUGUACAGAAAUUACUCAUUAUGAGACAUUUAAGAGAUGUAUGAGUCUUCUUUCCUUCAGUGAACAUGUUUGUGCUGAAGGAACUCCUGAAUGUGGAGCGAGCUGACCCAUUUCCUGUUUGACUCAUGUUUUCUGCUCAUGUUUCCACCGUUGGUUGAUGUCAGACAGCUUUUAAACUUCCUGCUGAUGUUCAGCCUCCUGAAAACAUGAAGAAACUUUGAUUUUUACCACUUUGAAGCAGCUUUAAGUUUCCACAAGCUGCUGUCGGCCUGUUGAUGAUCUGUCAACUGUCUGAGCUACAAUCUGAGCUGAUCAUGCUAACAUUCCUCUGCUUCAUCACGAAGUCGGUUGAAGGUGUUUUUCUCAGCUGCAUGGUGUGUUUGUGUGUUUUUAUCACCAGUUUCUGUAAAACAUACCAGGUGUCUGCAGCAUCCUUUCAUCAUGUUGUCAUGGAGACGCCUGUCAGUCUGAAGCAGAGGAAACUUUCUGAAAAUAAAAAACUGUACAGCUCCAAAUAAAAUCACAUUGGCUCAGA